UCUGUCAGCACAGCGCCUCUCUCACAACCAUGAACGGAUUAAGCGAUCAUGCCUACCUCACGAAUGAAGACGGGGCGGCCCAUGAGCGGUGUGUCGCUCAAUUCCUUUAUGGCCCUCUGAGCUUCGUCCGGGCUACCAUAUUCAACGAUGCUGCAGCACGCAUAGACCAGUCAACAUCCUCUGCUUCCUCCUCCAAUAAGCUGUGACCAGGCCAUGUCACCCACCCGCAUCCCUUCGACAUGCCGUUGGGCAGUGAAAGAAUCUCCGAGUAGACGACGUUUCCAGCUGUCCGACCAUGUCAUCUCUCCGUCAGCCCAUCAAGGUCCCUUGCCUGGACCAUGGAUCCCCCACCCGACCCACCAUCCGUCAUAAACUCCUUGAGGUGGUCCGCCUUGACAUCGUAGCUGAGGUUGCCCACGUAGACCCUGCACUCCUUUUGGGAGCGCCGGGCCGCCUCGCCGGCAUCAACCUGACCACCAGUGGCCGAGACCGCGGCAGCGCCAUCCACGGCCGCCGUUCCGUUUGCCGACAUCUCUGCUUCCGUCAUGACCUCUUCGGCUUCUUCUCCAACAAAUUACUCUCUGCCUCCUUCCAGCUUCGAUCCGUCCAAAUCCCGCUGCUGCCUGUCGCCGCCGGUGCUUUGGAUGGUAGUGCGAGAAGAAGGUCGAUGUGUCCUAGCGAUGACCCCAAAGGUCCGCAGCUGGCCGCGCGCGCUGUAUUCUUACUUCACUUUUCGGAGCUUUUCUUCCUUUGACCCUUUUUUUGUAUUCACCACCGUGACGAUUAUUACACGUGGUCUAAAGUCCGUGCAUUUCUGCUUGCUGCAGGCAACCAACCU